AUGGCGUCAGCCGAAGUAGACCAGAAGGCCCUGGGCAAUUUUGCCGCCAUCACGGGGCUCGAGAACCCCUUCUUGUCGGCAAUGCUGUACAAGAUCCUCGGGCUCUCGGUGAUGCUCUCGAACAAGCUGCUGCGCGCGCGCCGACUGCGGCGGUUGGACCCAACGCGCGAGACAAAGUCGCUGCAGCUGUACUAUCAUAUUAUAUGGCUCUCGCGCGAGGGCCUACUCAUCCUUGAGGAAUUCGUCCUCCCUAUGGUCGAGGGGUAUGUUGAGCUGAAGAUCUUGGCGUACAAGCUGAGGGCUUCGUUUUAUCACAUCUUUGUCCUGUUUCAUAAUCAGCCCGCCAUUCAUUCGCCGGGUAUUACUACGAGUAUAUCCAGCACUGGAACUGUACCAAACGACGGACCAGAAGCGGAAUCAGAACAGCAGGCCCCCCGAGAGCAACAAACCUCACGCCUCUCCUUUCGCGGGAAAAACGAAGUCCUUACAGUCCCGACCAAACCACCAAACACCACAUCAUCAUCAUCAGAACCAGACGCCACACGAACAAAAACAACAACAACCGCUCCGCAAGCACCACCGGGCCUCACCAUCAACUAUAGCCACAGCAACACCCUCGCCCCCGUGCAACCGCCACCUCCACGCCCAAUCUCCUCCUCCUUCCUCCUCCCCGCGCUCGACUACACGCCCACCGCAACAGCCUGCUUCAACCACGCCGCCCUCCUCGCCGAACGCUUCCUCCCGGGCUCCCACCCUCUCCGCCUCUCCAUCAAACUCGAAUAUGCAGCGUACCUCUACGACUGCCUGCAGGACGCAGCGGCAAGCCGCAAACUCGCAAAGCAAGCCAUUGCAGACGUGUAUAACGCCCAAGAAGGCAUGGACGACGAGAGCUUCGAAGACGCAGCGGAGAUCGUCGGACUCUUGGGGAAGAUGGUCAAGCGCGGCGCCAAGAAGAGUACGAGUAAAAGUACUAGUGGUGGGAGUCAGGGUGGUGGUGGUGGUGGUGGGUCUUCGACGACGCGGAGUAUGAGCGUUACACCCCGCGCGGAGAGUUCGCGAACGAGGAGUGAGGGGAAUCGCACGCCGACUGCAGGUGUAAGGAAGAACGCGUCCGCGUCGCCGCGAACGGCGGCGACGACGCCCAUGCCUGUUUCGCCGAGGACGCCCAAGGCGUCGGCCAUACCGACAACUGUGAAUAUGGGGUAUUCGCCGGCAGCUGUGCCUGAUCCCACCAUGAUCAAUCCGAUAUGA